GGUUUGCAAAACACAGCUUAUAAAAUUACAUUUGUGAAACUUUCAGAUAUGAUGGCAGACACUUCUCUGGAAGAUCACGGAAAUGGAACAUCAAGCUGGAUGCAACGCGUUACAGACAGCGAUCGAGAGAUCAUAGAGCUUGUGAACAUCACUUUCUUGAGCGGAUUUAUUUCUGCAUUUGGUAUAAUCUCUAAUGUAAUUAAUAUGCUUGUAUUUUACCGACAAGGUUUGCACACUGCAAUCAAUAUUGGCUUUUUUUCAUUGGCUGUUUUUGAUAUGGCUACACUGAUAUGUCAAAUAGCAUGGGCGAUACUAGCUGCUCUGGUCUUUCAAAAUGAUCAACUGCUACCUAUAAACUACGAAGAUAUACAAUUUAUGACUAUAGCUUACCCUAGGGAAGGUUUCGCUCGAGAUACAUGCAUGAUUACCGCAUUUAUUACAGCAGAGAGAUGUCUAUGUGUCGUGUUUCCACAGACU